AAGUAUGGCCACCAGACGUGCUCGUUCUGAAGAUGACCUUUCCUGUCCAAUUUGUGGACAUAUUCUCAGUCAGCCAGUAAUCCUCACUUGCAGACAUAGAUUUUGCAAAGCCUGUUUAAAAAACAGCUGGGACACACAAGACUGCAAAGAUUCCCACUGCUGUCCUCUGUGCUGGCGACGUUCCUCAAUGGAUCAGAUAGUGGUGAACACCGUGCUGGAGAAGGCCUGUGAAUCCUUUAAAGAAGACAGGAGCAAGAAUGAUCCAGAAACUUGUAAAGAACAUGGAGAAACGCUCACACUCUUCUGUUUGGAGGAUUUGGAGCCUAUUUGUGGUGUGUGCGGCAAAGCAGCUGCACACAAAGGGCACAGACUCUAUCCUGUUGGGGAAGGUGCUCAUGAUUGUAAGGAGGAACUGAAGAGCGCAUUGCUGCCCUUGAAAGAUAAGUUACAGCUGUACAAAAGAGCAAAAACCAUGUGUGAGGAAAUGGCAGAACAUGUCAAGAACCAAGCUAAACACACCGAAUCACAGAUUAAAGAGGAAUUUAAAGAACUUCAUCGAUUCCUGGAGGAACAGGAGGCUGCAAGACUUGCUGCGUUAAAGCUCGAGGAGGAUCAGAAGAACCUGAUGAUUGAUCAGAGGAUUGACGAACUGAGCAACGAGUUGACAUCUCUCUCCAACACUAUAAAAAUAGUGGAACAAGAAAUGAAAAGCCAUGAUAUUUCAUUCCUUAAGAAUUACAAGGAAACAAUUAGAAGAACUUGGCAACGUCCUCUUGACCCACAAAUGAUGUCAGGUGCUCUGAUUGAUGUGGCCAAGCAUUUGGGUUCUCUGAAAUAUAAAGUAUGGGAGAAUAUGAAGAAAAUUAUUCAAUACGCCCCAGUGAUUCUGGAUCCCAACACAGCAGCUAGCUGCUUUAUCCUCUCAGAAGAUCUCACAGUCGUGCAGAACUCCUUGCAGAUUUUCAAGCUGCCAGACAACCCCGAGCGCUUUGACAUUAGCGCAGAGAUGCUUGCUGCAGAGGGCUAUUCCUCUGGACGCCAUAGCUGGGAAGUGGAGGUGAACGGCAACACCUACUGGGUUGUAGGAGUCGCCAGUGAAUCCAUCAACAGAAAGGGCAAGCAUGUGCUGACACCUGCAGAGGGAUUCUGGACUAUAAGAUAUCGUAAUGGCGAGCACAAAGCCUGCACCGCACCAUGGGAGCCACUCAACAUGAGUAAGAAACCAGAAGCUAUUAGAGUGGUUUUGGAUAUGGACCGAGGCAAGGUGACAUUUUAUGACCCCAGAGAAAGAACACCCCUUUACACCUUUGAAAACAUUAUUACCCUCAGAGCCUUCCCCUACUUCUGUACUGCUUGUAAAGAGCAUCCCUUAAAAAUACUAACAACAAAAAUACAUGUAUCAACAGACAGAUAAUUUCACUUGAAGA